AUGCAGUGGUGCAGGUGGGCUGACAGCUGGAGAUCUCACCUGCAAAGACCGGUAGGAGGCGCAUCUACAAGAAUCAAAGUAAAGGUGGAACAGAGGGCAGAUAGAGUCAAAGUCCAAAGGGGAGAAACACAGACUUCACUCUUCUCAGAUUUCACGAAGGUGGUUGAAAUUGAAGUAAAGUCAAGAGCAGGAGGAAGAACAAUACCUUUGAAUUACAGUUGUCGUUUUGGAGAAAAAGGGUCAAGUCCUCACUAUGGGAUUAGAGUGGUAAUUUUGAGCGUUUCUUUUUUUUUUUUUUUGGUCUUGAUUGCUGCAGAGCAUGUGGAUAAAAGCAUGAGAGUGACAAAAGGAGCAUCUGGUUGGAUUAAAUAUCAUAUUUAAUAUUGAGACCAAUUAUAAUUGUGUGUAUCCUUAACACUGGCUGGUACACCCUUACCUGUGAAUCAUACAUACUCACACAGAACAGCAUGAACUGCUAUACAACAGCUGAUAUAAACCUGAUUUGCCCCUCAUUCUGACGGGGCUGUGACAGUAGCUUCUGUAAACAGUCUGACAUGUUAUUGACACAACUUGGAAGGAACCUGUUGUUUUGCAUCAAGACACAGAGGUGUUGGAUCUGCUUUUUAAGCCUCAAGUGUGUUUCUGUAUUUUCCUUCCUUCACCAUGCAGUCUGCAGAGUCAGAGACAGAGGAGUCUUUUGACUUUCUCUUUAAAAUUAUUCUGGUCGGGGACACAGACGUGGGGAAGACCUGUAUGGUCCAGAGCUUCAAGUCUGGUAUAUUCAUCGAGAAGCAGCAGAACACAGUAGGGGUGGACUUUACUGUUCGCACGUUGGACAUUGAUGGCAAGAAAGUGAAGGUAGGUUUGCUUUUGUCUCUGUUGGUCAAUUUGAAAUGAUUCUCUGUUCAUUUCAGCUCAUAUUUUGUUAAUUUUUCAAGCUUCUUGCCCUUAAUAAUAAUAAAAAAUGUUUAUCAUUUUAUUGAGCAACAAAAAUAUUUAAAAAACAGUCUCUGUACGUAUGUCAUGUAUUAAGUAUGGUUCAGUGCUAUUCCACAGCAGAAAAAGCAGUAAGAGAUGAUACCAUCUGUUUGUAAGGUGUUUACUUCUUAACCGCUUGCAUGUUUUUUCAUGAUAAUUAGACUGAAGUUCUGUAAACACACGCCUUGUUUAGAAAUGACUGAUCACUUUCACAGCUGAUUGCAGAAUUAGUUAAGUUGUGUCUUACGUAUACAUAACUCUCCUUUGUAUCCAUCUGUUUGUUGUGUUGUUGUUGCAGAUGCAGGUGUGGGACACAGCUGGACAGGAGCGUUUCCGCACUAUAACUCAAAGCUACUACCGUAGCGCCCAUGGGGCCAUGGUAGCCUAUGACAUCACUCGGCGCUCCACCUUUGAGUCUGUUUCCCACUGGAUCAGGGAGGUGGAGCAGUUAGGAGCUGCAGGCAUGGUGCUGAUCCUGAUUGGUAUGCAAAAUAAGAACAAAUUUUAACAGUUUUAAUGUUUGACAGUACAAACUUCAUCCACUGGCUGGAGGUGUAGCAAUGAAAAGUAACUCUGAGACACACUUAAAUAGUGGUUUUAAUAGUGGUUUUACUAUGCAUUUAAAAAUUAAAACCAUAUGAUAUUACAAUAGUUUACUCACAUUACUAGUUUUGUACAUACUGGAUUAAGUGACUCAGCAGCUUACUGUAUCUAGUACAGAUUACUGUCAAGUUUGUGUUUUUGAUGACAACGGCUGGGCUUCUCAACCAUUUAUCUGUCACCUUGAAGCUAACUACCUAUUUUAGCUUUACUGCCUUUUUUACUUUCCUGAUGUAGCGUUCAGUUAAAGCAAAAUCGGUUAUAUCCAUAAACAAAGUGCAGAACACUGAAUACAAUAUUUACUGUAUAGACAAGUUCAUCAAUAUUUUAUUUUGUUGAGAGUAUGGUAGAGGUAGUUCUAUUGGAUAUUGUGGUAGAGGACCAACCUCAAGACACUAACUCAUCUCCUAAUUGUGCGUUAAUAUUUGCCUGCAUGUAUUGAAAGGGAUAAACCAGGCUAUGUGACACAUAAUGAAUUGGCUACUAAUAGUAAGUAAAACUACCAUAAAAUCAUAAAAAAACCACAUUUAUUUGGGUAUUUUUUCCUUUAAAAUAACAGUUUCAAAAUAACUUUGGUGAUACACUCAUUUGUACUUACAAAACUCCCCCUUUACUGUGCAACUAUGAUUAAGCCAGUUUAACCUCCAGGGAAAAGAAAAGUGCCGCUAUCUGCACUGCAAACCCCAGAGGCAAAGCAGAAGUUGUAAAAAAGUAAACCUUUAACUGGCUUUUCCUGUUGGCAAGUUAAUUCUAGUCCAAAUGGUGGGAGAGGAAGACCUCUAACAAAACUAUUUCUAAUGUUUCUCUUUACCUUAUUUUUUUCUCUCUUUUAUUUAAGUCAUCUUUUGAGCUUUUCCGUAUUCCCGACAGCAAACUGACUAAUUUGGAUUUUUCACUAUUGGUCAGCAUAAUAAGUAUUAUGUUUGAUGGCCUCUGAUAAAAUCCAAGAGGCAUUUUUCACAAUUUAAAAAACUUUGGAUAAAUGUGUUUUGAUGAGAAAGUUGACAAUAUAGAAAUAUAUGACUUAAAUGAUGAAUUCUAACUUGCUUUUCUUGUUUAGUAAUCAGAUUUUAAGUGUUUCCCCUUAAACAACAAUCAUCUGUUGGUAAAUUGGUAGCUACACCUUGAGACUUCAAGUAUCUGUUUUGUGUUGUUGCUUUGCCUCUGCCUGUUUUGUGCUUUGUGUUUUGUUUGCAUUGAACAUCUCUAGAGGCUGUAUCUUAUAAAGAAUCUCCAAAAUCUCUAUAAUUGAGUCCAAACACUUUCUGCUUUGUUCAUACCUUCAGGUAACAAGUCAGACCUUCAGGACAAGCGGCAGGUGUUGUUCGAAGACGCGUGUACUCUUGCCGAAAACAAUGGCGUGUUAGCUGCUGUGGAAACAUCAGCCAAGGAGGCUCAGAAUGUGGAGGCAGCCUUCGUCAUCAUGGCCCGGGAGCUGCUGGCUCGUAACAUGAUCAUCGCAGAUGAAGUCCCUCAAGAGUCAGCUCAGUUUAUGUUGAACAGCAGCACCCCUGGAGCCAGCAGCACUGAGACUCCAGUUAAGAGGUGCUGGUGCUGA